AUGAACAUUAAUCAUAAUACCAACUUUUCGAAUACUUUUGUGGGACUUAACAAGGAAAUAACAAUACAUUACACCUUCUUUCCUUCCCUUUUUUUCGCUCAAUUUUUUCGCACUGUUUUCGUCUGGGUCUUGCGCCUGAUUCCCCACCGCCGAUUACUCAUUUAUAUUUCUUUAUCUCUUUCUCUUUCUUUCUUUCUUUCUUUCUUUCUUUCUUUCUUUCUUUCUUUCUCUCUCUCUCUCUCUCUCUCUCUCCCUCUUUUAAUUUUUUUCUUUUUCUAUCUUUUUCCCACUAUUUUCCUCAUAUUGUUCCUCAUUCCCACUGUCUUUUUCUUUUUGUCCAUAUCCCUUUCUGUCUUUCUGCCAUUCUUUUUCUUUCUUCCUUUAUUUUUUUCUCUUUGCUCCUCAUUGUCUUUCUCUCUGUGUUUUUACUCUCUUCUUUUUGUUACCUUCUUUUCUCACCGUUUUCUAUUUUCUUUUCUGCCUUUUCUUUUUUCUCUCUCUUAUCCUACCACCUUCUCUUUCUGCCUAUCUUUCCACGUUUUUCUUUUACUACCCUCUCUUUCCCUUUCUCUCUCCCUCGUUUCCCCCUUUCUAAUAAGCAAUUUUUCUCUUUCCAAAUUUUCCUACCCCGCUCUCUCACUCACUCUGUCUCUCAUCAUCUACGUCUCUAAAAGCACCUAUUCUUACUUGACUCACUUUCUCAUUUUCACCAGUCAUUUUCUUCCUCCCUCUUCACCUCUUUCUCUCGCCCUAUUUAUCUACCCCCCACCCCUUUCAUGA